GUGUGGGGGGGGGGUCCCAAUAUAAAAUAACGUAUCGCUUUGUUAAUGAGCCGCUCGCAACGCUGUAUAUAUAUAAAUGAUGUAAUGGCGUUUGAUAACUUACGCGUCUUCCUCGGAUCAUAAAGAGCUGUGAGGCCCGCGCUCCCUUCGCCUUGUUAUGUGAGACACUUGCAAAGCGGUCGUUUAUAAAGCAGAGAGAGAGAGGGGGGGGGGGCGCUCUAAAGCUAUAAAACAGAGAAAAGGCCUUUCCUGCACGCCGGAGCAACGGGAAGUGAAGAAGUGACAGGUACCCCAAAAUAGGGGGGGUGGGUGGUGAGGGGGGUAACGGCACCCCCACGCACAGAGAUCUUUGCGCAAUUUACAGUCCGUGCGGGCACGGGGAAGAUGUCUCUUUAGGAACCCCCCCCCAAAAUUAAAGGGAGAGCGCAAGAACUUUCAACACCGAGGCCAGAGUUGUCAGUAGCCGUGCAAGAGAAAAAAAAGCGUCAAAAAUAUAGACGGGUUUUUUUUUAGGUGCGUAUAAAUAAUUCACAUCGCGGGUUAAUCGGCUUCUCCUGGCGGGAUUUUAUUUUAUCGCGCAUGUACAUCCAUUUCCACGCUGCGUGUUAUUCUAUCAUUUGCUUCAACAUAUUAAUCCGCCCAAUAUUCCGCCCCACCGUGUGGCAGGAGCAGGCAGUGGAAGGAGAACAUAUAUAGUGAGUGGGGAGGGCUAGGAAGCAAUAAAUUCCACAUGUUCGCGCAGACUUUGAGCGAAAAUACAUUUGAUCGCCGCGUUCUCGAGGUGAGCAGCCCAAAUUUUUUGCGGGGCUCGGCAAGCCUUUUAAAAAAAAUUUCUAAUCUUAUUCUAAAUAAAAACUCAACAAACCCAACCAAACCCCCUCCGCUUCGCUGAAUGGCCGCGUUUACCUAACAACCACGACGGAGCUCCGAGACGCUUCGUCUCCCCCCUCUGGCUUGCUCUCAACAUGUGCGUCCGCGGCAGGGGUGUCACUCUCCCCGCUCGCCCCUCUUAAUUGGCAUGCAGCGGUAACAACCCCCCCGAUCGUGCGCACCGCUCGCGUGCAACGCGGGCGCAACCGCGACCAGCCCGCGCGAGUCUACGCAGAGCGCGCGUCCUCCUGCCAGUCGCAUCACCGCCGCCGCCGCGACCCCCUCGCCGACUCCCGAUGAAUUCGUACUUCGCGAACCCUCUCUUCGCGAAGUACAAGGCCGGCGAUGCGCUGCGCCCGAGCUACUAUGACUGCCGCCUCGCGCCGGACGCCAUGAGUGGCCGCCAGGCCGUCUUCUACGGUGCGGGUGCCGGUACCGGAGCCGGAGGAGGAGGAGGAGGACCCCCGGCAUUCGAGCACCCGGCCGGUACCGGCGCGGGCACGGGCGGAACGGCGGGAGUUCACCACCAGGAGUUCUACCACAACGGAAGUUCGGCCGCGGCGGCGGCGGCUGCCGCGUACCAAGCGGCCGGUUCGUGCGCGCUGGACGCGGCGGGUAACUUCUACGGGUACCCGGCCUUCCCGAGGCAGCCCGUGUUCGCCCUGCAGCAGGAGUGCGGCGGCGUGGUGCAGUACCCGGGACCCGACUUCAAGUCGUUCGGGCCCGGCGCCGAGGAGGAGGCCGAGUACCCGGGUCAGGGCUCCUCGUCGGCGCAGCUCUUCCCCUGGAUGAGGUCUCAAGUGGGGCCGGGCAGGCGACGGGGCCGGCAGACCUACUCGCGCUUCCAGACACUGGAGCUGGAGAAGGAGUUCCUCUUCAACCCGUACCUGACGCGCAAGCGACGCAUCGAGGUGUCGCACGCGCUCGGCCUCACCGAGCGCCAGGUCAAGAUCUGGUUCCAGAACCGGCGCAUGAAGUGGAAGAAGGAGAACAACAAAGACAAGUUCCCGGCCAGGAAGGAGGACAUUGAAGAGCCCGCGAAGAAGGCGGAAGAAAACUCGGGCGACGAGGAGUCGCAAGGCACCUCCAAGGAGUGAAGGGGGCGCCGGGGGGGGGGGGGGACGGUGCGGGGAGGGGCGGGGGGAGGACACCGCAAGGGACACGGAAAACAGAUCAGGAGCGAGAGGAGGAGGAGGAGGGGGGGGGUGGUGCCAAGUGCCGGAGAGGAUUUAAGAGGAGGAGGCGGUGGUUGCCGCGUCCUAUUUAAAUGUCAAAACUUGCACCCGUGCACUAAUAGAACAAGGCGACGUUUUUUUGUUGUUGAUCUGAGUAAACGCGAACAACGCGUUUGAAGGCCAAAAAAAAAAGACACGGGGGAGUUUUCGAACGCCUAAAUGCUAAGAUGGUUUGUCGGGAUGUGAUUGCUGGGGGGGGGGGAUGCGAAGGGGGGAGACGGGAGGGAGAAAGGGCAUGGUGUGUGUGUGUGUGGCGGGAUGAAUUUCAACAAAAAAACAAAACAUGGUUCCGGUAAUGUUCCGUGAGCGAGGCGAUCUGAUGCGUCAGAAUAACUUCUCUCCGGAUGGAAAUGUUUGAGCAAGGUUCGGCUCAACCUUGCUCUUCUCUCCCGCUCCAAGCGCCGCCUGCCAUAAAGGGGAAGCGGAGUGGGUGGGGGGGGGGUCUCUGCGAUGAGCGGAUGGAUUUGUUUACGAGGGUGCUAGGUGCUGUCUGUGGCUUGUGAAGGACCCACAGAGGGUCGCCCCUCCCGCUCAUCCCUCCAGUUACGAAUUCCGCCGCCUCCGCACCCCCCCCCCCCCCAUCUCCCCGAAAACGUCCACGUUUUAUUCUGUUCACCAUCUUGUUCACUAUCUUGUUCACUAUCUUGUUCACUAUCUUGCAAUGCGGGCGAGGAGCCAGGCGGAGGCGAGAGUGGAUAAAGGAUUUUGAGAGGCAGAGGGAAGAAUGGACGAAGUGGGAUGAUGAUGAUGGUGGUAGUGAUGGUAAUGAUGGUAAUGAUGGUGAUGAUAUGAACCGAGAGGGGGGGGCGGUGGUGGUUGGUGGUGCUGCUGCGGUGAAUCAACAAAAAGUAGUUCAGCCCCCCCCCCUCGACCACCCACAAGUACAUAGCAGGGCUAGAGGGGGUGAGGUUAACAAGUCGACCAGUAGUCAGUAGGGCUAGAGGGGUGAGAUUAACAAGUAAGUCAACCAGUAGGCAAGAGGGGUAGAGGGGGUGAGGUUAACAAGUUGACCAGCAGAUAGCAGGGCUAUACGGGGUGAGGUUAACAAGUAAGUCGACCAGUAGAUACCAGGGCUAUACGGGGUGAGGUUAACAAGUUAGUUGACCAGGUGACAGCAGGGCUAGACGGGGUAAAGUUAAGUUAACAAGUAAGUCUACAAGUAGUCGACUGCGACACUGCUUGCGUUGCCAGUUCAGCGGCAUGAUUGCCUCCGUCAGUCACCGCAGAUUAGUUGGAACAGAAGUCUUAGCCUGACCCGCGCGAUUUCAGCUUCACUCGAGAUUCGUGUCUUUUUGUGUGUGGGGGGGGGGGGGGUGACCACGAGAAACACAGUGCAUGUGAUGAUGUCCGUGUGGAGUCGCUGUCAACAAAUAUCACGGGUCGAAGGAGCAACUACGGAAGAAUAAUAAUAAUAAGGGUGCAGUAUUGCCCAACAACAUGAGCUACCUUGUCAUUCUUCACUUAUACGUGUAUAUUGGUAUUUUAUAUUAAAGCAACAGCGUAUUGAAAUGCAUGUGUGAUUACGCUAUGUUGUGUACGAUUAUACCCGUGUUAAAACGCGUGCGCGCGCGCGCGUGACUAUGUAAUGUUUAGUGAGAUGCAUUCGUGGUGCGUUCUAAAAGUGAAAUCCUCGUAAUUUUCGCGUAUUAUAUCUCUCACACACACCAACACACGCCGUCGGUUUGGUUUUGUAUGAAAUUAUUUCGCGUUUCGUUUUUCAGCAAGGAGGAUAACAACAAAAAGACGCGUCACUGUCCCAUUAUAUUUUGUGUCACGCGUGGUGCAACAGAAGAGGGUAUUUAAGUUACUUAUGUAACCGUGAAAGGACGAAAUAUAUUAAAUGACAACACCGCACAGAUGCAAAAUGCCUCCACUCUCACGUGGUGUUCGCGCCCAUGCAAACGCACAAUAUUACAACAAACAUCUAAACGCAUUUCUCAAUGACAACAUUGUGGCCUUAAAAUAAAUAUAUGUACUAUAUAUACACAUCCACUGUACACAAUAGGCAACGUUUCAGGAAAUGUUCCCUUCUUCUUUCAUGUGCCAUGAAAAAGGACCAUUGCCCAAAACGUCGCCUAUCAUAUAUUUGUAUAUACUUUAAGGCCAACGGUGUUGUUAACGGAUGUGUUGUGUUUCUCGCUGCCGGUAUUGUUGCUAAGUGUGCUUGCGCACAGCAAUACUGCCAACCCACCAACAACGCCAUCAGCAUCACCACCACCACCACCGAAUCAAAUGUAUUCCGCACCUCCGGUGAGCACGGCUGAACACGUACGGUGCGAAAGAAGUUCAACAUACACACGACGCAAUCGAGUCAAGAGGCGGUCAAGCGAACGUCUUGAGAACUAAGACAGCCGAAGCAACGACAACAGCAGAGCUAACAGCUUGCCCAUGUAACGAUUACGACGAAGCGACAAAUAUACAUUCAUAUCCAGCACAUCCAUCUAUACAGUACACGCACGGCUCCAGAUCGUCAGUCCCACCCGCUGAGACUGCACGAACGGGGAUUCCAUCUACAACGUCAUUGCGGGUCGUGGAGAUGUAUGUGACCAUACUUCACCAAACGUAUUGAAUCGCAAACAGACGAACACGAACAUUUUACAGGCGCGUUGAUGUCAAGG